GUAUAUCAUUUAGUCAGUACUCACUCAGUACAGACUAGAAGGUGAUUUAGUGCGUUUGUUGUGAUUCUAUUUUUAAAAUGAAGUUAUAAUUUGUCUUUUUCUGUGUUGUAUAAAUUAUUUUGUGGUGCUUUGCAAUUAUUCUAUAUAAACAGUAUUUUCAAGAUAAAAAUAUUGUGUGAAGAAUAGUUUAAAGAUUACGACACCAGCCCAUUGGUAACCCCGCGGUAAUUAAACCAACAAAAUGAUUACCAGAUUGCAAUCAAAACGUUGCCUUGUUCUAGUAGGACUGGUAAUACUGGCCGCCAUCUUAACGUUCCUGAUCGUAUUCUCGGAGCAUGUCGUCGACAUCGAGCUGCCCGACCCGGAAUUCCCGUUGCCACCGUCCAGCAUGCCCAUGGGACUGUACAGCGAAGUGGGAGUUGUAUCCAACGGAGGACCGUGCGCGCAGAUCGGAGUGGAUGUGAUGUCAAAGGGCGGAAAUGCUGUGGAUGCCGCUAUAGCUACCAUGCUAUGUGACGGUGCUCUGUGUCCAGAAUACAUGGGUAUUGGGGGAGGAUUUUUGAUGAGUAUUUACAACGCUACGACCAAAAAGGUAAUGUCUAUCAAUGCACGUGAAACAGCUCCAGCAGCUGCAAAUUCCACAAUGUUUGUCAAAGAUCCUCACAAGUCUAUUUACGGAGGGUUGGCAGCUGCGGUUCCAGGUGAACUUAAAGGCUAUUCUACCAUAUAUAAUUUAUAUGGAGGUGGGGUUUCGUGGGAAUCGUUAUUUCACCCAACUAUAAAAUUAUGCGAGGAAGGCAUACAGAUCAGUAAUCGUUUAUCCAUAAAUUUGAACAACCACGAAGACUUAGUAAAAAAUGACCCAAUGCUCAGAGAGGCUUUUUUCAAUGAGAAAACCGGACAUGUGAAACAAUCCGGAGAAACAUAUACGUUGCCGAAGUUAGCAGAAACAAUGAAAAUAAUAAUAAAAGAAGGUUCAGAUGCAGUAUAUAAUGGGUCAUUAACACCUAAAUUACUAGAAGACUUGAGAAAAGUCGGUGGUAUAAUUACAGAAGAAGAUUUGGCCAAUUAUAAGGUUGAAAUUAAAGAAUCUUUUCCGGUGACAUUAAAAAACCAAUUUACAGUACACGUGGGGCCACCACCAGACUCUGGUAUAAUAUUAGCUUACAUUCUUCGCAUACUAGAUGGAAUGUUACCAGCACCUGAUGCAGGCCUAGACGCACAUCGAUUGGUGGAGGCUUUCAAGUUUGGAUUUGGGGAAAGAUCACGUUUGGGAGAUUCUAAAUUUGUAAAAGUGUCUGAAAUUUAUGAAAAAGUAAAAUCGGAUAGUUACAUAGAAAGUAUACAAGCCAAAAUAUCGGAUAAUUUCACUUCGUUGAACCCUAAAUUCUACGGAGCUGAUUUUGAUAUGCCGGAUAAUCACGGUACAGCUAACAUGGUUGUAAUAGAUUCGGCGGGAAACGCCGUUGUUGGCACCAGCACAUUAAAUACGUACUUCGGCUGUGGUUUUAUGUCGCCGAGUACUGGAAUCAUUAUAAACAAUGAAAUGGACGAUUUUUCCACUCCUGGAGUUGUCAACUAUUACGGAAUCCCAUCGUCGUCAACCAAUUUCAUAGAACCAGGCAAACGGCCAAUGUCUUCGAUGUGCCCAACUAUAAUAACAGACAAAAAGGGUGAUUUUUUUCUUGGAGUGGGAGCAGCCGGUGGUUCAAAAAUCACUCUGGCUACUGCUUAUGUGUCAGCUCUUAAAUUGUGGUACAAUAAAACACUGAAAGAAGCAGUAGACAAGCCUAGACUUUACCACCAACUUGUACCUAUGAUAGUACAGUAUGAAUACGGAACGACUAAGGAUGUGGUUCAAAAGCUCAAAAGUAUUGGUCAUCCGGUCGAGAGAUUAAAAAACACUAUAGGUUCAGCUGCAACAGCGAUUGGAAAAUCUCUUUCUGGAACGAUCGAAGCUAUGCCAGAUUUCCGACGACCAGGAAAUUCGUCGGGAUACUAAAAUGUUUAAUUAAUAAGAAAAUUUUUAUUAUAUUUAUGUUGUUUAACGUAUGUUGUAAGUUCCUAUAAUAAUUUUAACCUUAGACCAUAAUGAUCCAGUAUCAUUACAAUGAUGAGUGACCAUUACAAUAUAUUAUUGUUAGUAUAAUUUUAGCAUAUAAAUAUUGAAAUGUUAUUAUAAGUUUUGUUUAUUA